UACAAGAUACCUUGUNAGGUUGUUCACUUUUUACUANGAGAGAUGUAUUUAUUACUCGAGAUANGANGANGAAUUUGUNGAUGCAUAUUGAAGGAUUUGAUGGUCAAAUUCCGACACCUGCCAUUCNAAAGCCAAAGGAACUGUGGACUGGCAAACAACUAUUUUCCANGANAACUCCAAAUGUCAAUAUUAUUCGUUUUGCAGAAACGCAUGNAGAAGAAUCAGAUUCCGAUCCUAUUUUCGGUCCAGACANGACCAUACAUGACACUAGGGUUGUUAUUUCAGGAGGAGAACUUGUUUGUGGAGUCAUUGAUAAAUCUACUGUUGGUACUCGUGCAGGAAGUCUUAUCCACGUCUGUUGGAAAGAACACGGACCGGAUGCAACUUGUGAUUUUAUUUCUUCGGUGCAACUGCUUAUCAAUCAUUGGUUAUUGCAACGUGGAUUUUCUAUUGGUAUUGGAGACACUAUUGCAGACGAUGAAACUANGAACUACAUUGUGCGAACCAUGGAAGCAGCAAGACAGGAGGNAACUCUUCUUAUUGAAAAGGGACAAAAUGGAGAGAUUCAAUGCAAACCUGGAAAAACGANGAUGGAGUCUCNAGAAGAUCAGAUCAACUCUGUUCNGAACCAAGCAAGAAAUAAGGUUGGUUCAGCAGCAGCUAGGUCCUUACCUGCUUCAAAUAAUCNGAAGCGAAUGGNGAAUGCGGGUUCGAAAGGAUCCACAUNGAAUAUAUCUCAAAUUAUGGCUUCCGUUGGUCAACAGAAUGUGGAAGGAAAGCGCAUUUUCUAUGGUUUUCGGAGAAGAACGCUUCCUCAUUAUCCUGCUGAUGACUNAGGUGCGGAGUCUAGAGGUUUUGUUUUCAACUCGUAUUNGAGUGGUGNAACUCCGGAUGAAUUCUUCUUACAUGCUANGAGUGGUAGAGAAGGUAUCAUUGAUACUGCUGNAAAGACUUCGGAAACAGGAUAUAUUCAACGAAGAUNAANGAAAGCAAUGGAGGAUAUUAUGGUUAAUUAUGAUCAUACGGUUCGAGAUUCUGGGGGUCAUGCUGUACAGUUUCUUUAUGGAGAAGAUGGAAUGGAUGGUGCUAUUAUUGAACGCCAGAUUAUUCCGUCCAUGCGAANGAGUGAUAGAGAACUGGAGGUUGCCUAUCGAAUGGAUCCAUUUGAUACAAGGUUUGGACAAGCACCCAAUGGUAGACGAUAUUUGGAAGUGGAUGUUUUGGAAGCCGUUCAUAGUGAUCCUGAGCUUGCUGUUCUUCNAAAUCAAGAAUUUGAGACCAUCAAGGAAGAUAGAUAUAUCUNGAGACAUUCUGUAUUUCCCAGAACGGAUGAUAAUCGUGNAGCAUUACCUGNGAAUGNAGAAAGACUCAUUGAUAAUACUAAGAAAAUUUUUGGUAUUCACCCCAAUUCCGUUUCUAAUCUCAAUCCUCGAGCAGUUUUGGAAGGUGNGAAACUUUUAUUACGGAGAACUCGUGUAUNAGCUUUGGAAGNAGAACUCUAUGAACAAGGAAAGGAUGACAAUACAAAGGCUCAUCAUUGUUCAAAGCAAGAGGACUCUAUUAGUACGGAGUUGCAACUCAACGCCACCUUAUUAUUUCAAAUACAUAUUAGAGCCACUUUGGCUACCAAAAGGAUUAUUGCAUUUCAUCGUCUUCAUUCAGAAGCAUUUUCUUGGCUUUUGGGUGAGAUUGAAAGUCGCUUUUUACGAGCCCAAGUAUCUCCUGGAGAAANGANAGGAGCUAUUGCUGCUCAAAGUAUUGGAGAACCUACAACUCAAANGACACNAAACACUUUUCAUCUUGCUGGAGUUUCUGAAAAGAAUGNGACACUUGGAGUGCCAAGAUUCAAAGAGGUUAUUAAUGUGGCAAAGAAUANGAAGAAGCCUUCUCUUACUGUUUAUUNAAAAGGAGACGCAGCUCGUGAUGAAGAGGCAGCCAAACGUGUCANGAGUGAAUUACAAUACAUCACACNGAAAAAUGUUGUACAUUAUUCAGAAAUUUAUUACGAUCCCGACCCACGCAAUACUUNAAUUGAAGAAGACACGGAACUUGNAGAAGAUCGAUAUCUUUNAGNAGAUGCAGAGGGAACAAUGGAUGAAAAGCGACUGUCUCCUUGGGUUUUACGUUUUGUACUUUUACGAAGCAAUAUGGAAGAUUCGAGAAUAUNGANGAGAGACAUUGCUGCACAGANAAACAAUGAAUUUGGAGAAGACUNAGAUUGUAUAUAUUCAGAUGACAAUGCGGAAAAGCUUGUAUUGCGCAUUCGCANAGUCGAAGCACAUAACGAUAAUGCAAAAGAGUGGACUCAAGAGGAAAAUGUCAAUGAAGAUAAUGAUGAUGAGUNGACCAACGAUGAACGAUUUUNGAAAAAGGUUGAAGCUCAUUUAUNGACCAACCUUCAUUNGAGAGGAAUACCUGGAAUACAUCGAGCAUAUAUGCGUGNAACAAAAUNGAAACAGGUUGACUUGCAUACAGGGUCAUUUGNGACUACUGACGAAUGGGUCUUGGACACAGAAGGUACCAAUUUACUUGCUGUUCUUUCACAUCCUGCUGNAGAUGCUCGAAGGACGANAAGUAAUGAUGUUGNAGAAGUUUAUGAAAUUUNAGGAGUCGAAGCAGCAAGAGCUCUUCUUUUGUCAGAAAUUCGAGCUGUUAUGGAACCGUAUGGUUNAGAUGNGAAUUAUCGACAUUNAGCCAUACUUGCAGAUANAANGACGCAUAGAGGCUUUCUCCAAUCCANAACCCGUCAUGGUANAAACCGAGUUGAAAGGGGAGCUCUUGCAAAGAGUUCCUUUGAAGAAACAGUUGAUAUUUUAUUGGAAGCAGCAACCUUUGGAGAACUGGAUGACUUUCGAAACUCUGUCACAGAAAACAUCANGAUGGGUCAGAUGUGCAACUUUGGUACCGGAAGUUUUGGAGUGUUGUNAAAUGAGGAAGCGUNGAUUCGGGAAGAGUNAAGAGAUGNGAGUACAAUAUGGCAAGAUACGCAGAACUUUAUGGCACCUUCAUGGGAAAGAACUCCGGGUCAUGAACCAGGGACACCUCGUGGUGAAGGAAUUUUUGAUCCAGCAGCAACUCCGUUAUAUGGAAGUUUCUCUCCCAAGACGAGUAUCAACUAUUCGGGGAACUUGCAGUUUUCACCAUAUACUGGCGAUGGUAUUUCGAAUUAUUCCUUCUCACCCAACCGUUCAUCAUUUCAGUUUUCACCUUCAAGUCCUGGUCAUCNAGGAAUGGGAAUCAGUCCUUUGUACAGCCCAUCUUCUCCAAUGGNAGAGCACGGCAGUUCUCCGACAUCUCCAGCAUAUAGUCCGACGUCUCCUGGAANAANAAGUGGGCAGCGGUAUUCACCAACAAGUCCGGCAUAUAGUCCUACAUCCCCAGGAAUUCGAUAUUCUCCUUCAAGUCCUGCUUAUAGCCCAACAUCUCCAGCGAAUGGACUUUCGGCGAGAUAUUCUCCUACAAGUCCAGCUUAUAGUCCGACAUCUCCGGCCUAUAUGCCUCGUUCUCCAGCAUAUUCUCCUACUAGCCCUGGUUAUAGUCCUACUUCUCCAGCACNGAGUAGAGUUGCUGAGAGUGGCCAUCAUAAUGGAGGAACACAAGGAGGUGAAGCAUGGAUAUAUUCUCCAAAGUCUCCAGCAUAUUCUCCAAAGUCUCCAGCAUAUUCUCCAAAGUCUCCAGCAUAUUCUCCAAAGUCUCCAGCAUAUUCUCCAAAGUCUCCAGCAUAUUCUCCAAAGUCUCCAGCAUAUUCUCCAAAGUCUCCAGCAUAUUCUCCAAAGUCUCCAGCAUAUUCUCCAAAGUCUCCUGCAUAUUCACCACAUUCAGAUGAAUAAGACAGUUGAAAUAGUUUGAGGCAGAAGAAACAUUGAUACGUUACUAUCUCAGAUGCAGAAUUGUCACUGUAUCUUCCGAAUUUGUACUUUUUGAAUUGCCUAUAGAGACCAACUUGACUUUAGAGGGUGAAUGAAUAAAAUUUACGUUAUACUGCUUUUCCAGAUCAUUC